AUGGAAAACACCAAGAUCGUUAAGGGAGCUGAUGGAGCCGUUCUGCGCCGCCCUGGGCAGAUCCUGGAGAGGUGGCGAGAGUACUACAUCCACUUGUGUAACGAAGAGUUCUGUCAUCCUCCGAUCCCAACUGUUCUCAGCGUCGAGGGUCCUGUUCUACCAAUUACUGCCGUCGAAGUCAGUGCUGCCCUCGCAAAAAUGAAGUCGAACAAGGCAACCGGUCCUGAUGACAUACCUUCUGAUGCCUGGAAGUUGCUAGGAGAUCGAGGGUCCGUGUAG